CUCUUAGCUUUCUCUCUCUCGAGACUUCCUUCCUUCCUUCCCUUGGUGGUGGUGGUGGAGACUGGAGAGUGGAGGCGAAAAAAGAAACGAAUCGAAUCUCUCGUCCCUCCUCCUCCUCGAUCUCCUUCCUCUCAAUUCCAUCCAUCGUCUAGUCUUCUUCCCAAACCCAACAACUCCAUCUUCUUCUUUGCUUCGCCCUUGAUUUGUGUGCUGCGUGAACAAGGCCUGUCUAGAGGGCAGCCAUGGCCACUGUUUCUGACAUCGGCCUCUCCGCGGCUAUCAACGUCUCGAUGGCCGUUGCAUUCUUGCUGGUCUUUGCUUUUCUACGAUUACAGCCCAUCAACGAUAGGGUUUACUUUCCAAAAUGGUACCUCAGAGGAAUGAGAGACAGCCCUGUUUCCUCUGGUGCUGCAGUGCAAAAGGUUGUCAAUUUAAACAUGAGAUCAUACUUGAAAUUUUUAAGUUGGAUGCCGGCUGCUCUCAAGAUGCCAGAGGAUGAGUUGAUCAAUCAUGCAGGCCUUGAUUCCGCUGUCUAUCUACGGAUAUACCUAACAGGGAUCAAGAUAUUCGUUCCAAUAUCAAUUUUAGCUUCGCUUGUUCUGUUCCCUGUGAACUGGACAAAUGACACCCUAGACAGCAUGAAGGUAGUCCACAGUAAAAUUGACAAACUUUCAAUAUCAAACAUACCUUAUGGGUCAAACAGGUUUGUUACUCACUUGGUUAUGGCUUAUGCUGUCACGUUUUGGACCUGCUAUGUACUGUUCCGAGAGUAUGAGAUAAUUACAACGAUGAGAUUGCGGUUUCUUGCUUCAGAGAAACGGCGACCAGACCAGUUUACAGUUCUUGUGCGGAAUAUACCUCCAGAUCCUGAUGAAUCAAUUAGUGAGCUCGUGGAGCAUUUCUUCCUUGUUAAUCAUCCUGAUCAUUAUCUAAGACACCAGGUGGUUUACAAUGCAAAUAAACUUGCUGAUCUGGUUGAGAAGAAGAAGAAACUGCAAAAUUGGCUUGAUUACUACCAGCUCAAGUAUGAAAGAAAUCCAUCAAAAAGGCCCACCACUAAGACUGGCUUUCUUGGCUGUUUUGGUUCCGAGGUGGAUGCCAUUGAAUACUACAAAGCAGAGAUUGAGAAGAUUGGGAAAGAAGAAGCUGAUGAGCGUCAAAAGAUCAUGAAGGAUCCCCAGUCAGCUGUUCCAGCAGCCUUUGUUUCAUUUCGUUCACGGUGGGGGGCUGCUGUUUGUGCUCAGACACAGCAAACCAGUAAUCCAACAGUCUGGAUAACUGAAUGGGCUCCAGAACCUCGUGAUGUCUACUGGAAUAAUCUAUCCAUUCCAUUUGUGUCCCUCACAGUUAGGAGGCUGAUAGUUGCUGUGGCAUUCUUCUUCCUCAACUUUUUUUAUGUCAUUCCAAUAGCAUUCGUGCAAUCUCUUGCAAGCCUUGAAGGAAUAGAAAAGGCGCUUCCAUUUCUGAAACCCUUAAUCAAAAUUGAUGUCAUCAAAUCAUUCAUCCAAGGUUUUCUUCCAGGAAUUGCUUUGAAGGUCUUCCUUAUAUUGCUUCCAACUAUACUGAUGUUUAUGUCUAAGUUUGAAGGAUUAAUAUCACAGUCAUCACUGGAGCGAAGAUCUGCAUCUAAAUAUUAUAUCUUCUUGUUCUUCAAUGUAUUUUUGGGAAGCAUCGUUACAGGAUCUGCUUUAGAUCAGCUUAAGGCAUACAUUCAUCAGUCGGCAAAUGAAAUACCGAGAACCAUCGGUGUAGCCAUUCCAAUGAGGGCGACUUUUUUCAUAACAUAUGUAAUGGUUGACGGUUGGACUGGUGUAGCUGGUGAAAUAUUGAGAUUGAGGGCACUUAUAAUCUUCCAUUUGAAAAACUUUUUCUUGGUGAAGACUGAAAAGGACAGAGAAGAGGCAAUGGAUCCUGGUAGUAUCUGUUUUGAUUGGUGUGAACCACGUAUACAGCUAUAUUUCUUACUUGGCCUUGUCUAUGCUGUGGUGACACCGUUAUUGCUUCCUUUCAUAUUGGUAUUCUUCGGGCUGGCAUAUGUUGUCUACCGCCACCAGAUAAUAAAUGUCUACAAUCAACAAUACGAGAGUGGUGCACAGUUUUGGCCGAGUGUGCACGGGCGCAUAAUCAUUGCAUUGAUCGUAUCACAGCUACUUCUUAUUGGACUGUUGAGUACAAAAGGUUUCGAGGAGACGACACCAGUUCUUGUUGUUCUUCCUGUGUUGACGUUUUGGUUUUACAAGUACUGCAAGAACCGGUUUGAGCCUGCAUUUGUGAGGAACCCACUACAGGAAGCGAUGAGGAAAGACACCCUGGAACGGGCAAGGGAGCCAACCUUCGAUCUGAAAGCGUACCUGGCCAAUGCGUACCUGCACCCGGUGUUCAAAGGCAGGGAGGAGGAGGACAAUAUGUCAAUAUCCGAGGAUGUCGGGAUGGAGGAGGUGAUCGUGCCGACCAAGCGUCAAUCUCGCCGGAACACUCCCGCCCAGAGCAAGUACGAAGGCUCCGACACGCUCUCUCUUCCUGAAACUGUACACGAACGAUAGAGCUACGGGAAUAUCAGGGUGACUACUAGCUUGUUGAAUUCUUUAUAGUCUGUACAGAUAGAUUGAUACAUACCUACUCCUACGGGGAUGUUGGCAGAUAGCUUUGCUGUACACUUUACAGCACGAGAGGUAUAUGGAGGGAUUGUUCAACACCCACAGACUGAUGAUUGGAUUGCCAAUAUUAUGAUUUCUUUGUUGGUUUCCAACUGCAACUAGCUGUAGUAGUAAAUUAGUACUACCACUGUAAUAAUAUAAACCAGCUAGCUAGUAGCAAGUUUUUGUCA